AUGGGACAGCCUGGUAUUCCCGGGUCUGCAGGGGUCCAUGGCAGUCCCGGUCAGCCAGGGCGAGACGGACGAGACGGGAGAGAUGCUGCCCCGGGAGAGAAGGGCGACAAGGGCGACAGGGGAGACACAGGAGAGACAGGACAGAGAGGCUUCACAGGAGACAGGGGUGACUCUGGGCAGAAGGGAGAGAGGGGUCAGCCAGGAGAAUGUGCUGUUGCCCCUAAAUCUGCGUUCAGUGUCAGACUGUCCGAAAGCCUCUCUCUGCCCCUGAGCGCAGCAGCUUCUGUGCGCUUUGAUAAGGUCAGCCUCAACGAGCAGAACGACUACAACACAGAGACCGGACGCUUCACCUGCAAAGUCCCAGGAGUGUAUUACUUUGUGGUGCACGCUACAGUGUACCGCUCCAGCCUCCAGUUCGACCUGAUGAAGAAUGGACAUGCAGUGGCCUCUUACUUUCAGUUUUAUGGGAACUGGCCCAAACCUGUGUCUUUGACUGGAGGCUCCCUGGUGCACCUGGUCCCAGAAGACCAGGUGUGGGUUCAGAUGGCUCUGGGCGACUACAACGGCCUUUACACCAGCCCCAAGACUGACAGCACCUUCAGCGGCUUCCUGGUCUACUCUGACUGGAAACACUCUGCGGUCUUUGCAUGA